AUGUCUCCUCCAACUCACCAUCCCGAUCAAGGCCCUCAUGGCCAGUCGUUUCUCGUCGACGAGGCCAAGAUGAGGGAGGAAGCGGCGAUGAUGGCAAUGAUGGAUGAUCUCGGCGUCGCGCGGGUUGACGAGUUGCCUUUGGAUGAAGACCGCGGUAGAGGUCGUCGUGACCGUGGUCACGGCCAUCGUGGUUAUGGCGGUGGCACCAAUGCCCAUAAGUGUCCGCCGCCCCUUCCGGCGCCUCAAGCUCCCCGACGGGCUCCGGUCCAUGGGAACAAUCCAGCAGCAGGCUGGAACUUUGCUCAGGCGUGGACAGAUGCUAUCGAGUCUGGCAUGUUCGACGAUGACGACGCUCAGAUGGUCAAAGGCUUGGAUGAUCUCGGUGGCGGAAGGCUCUACGACCGGGUCGUCGACCAGACAGUGAGAAUCUUGCACCAGCGUAACAUGAGGACCGCCCAUCAGAUUGAGCAUCCAGUGCGUAACAACAGUGCUCGUGCCGACGACCACGGUCGCAACAACAUUCACGACAGCUUCUUAGUGGUUCAGCGACAGGCUGCGAGCCGGGCGAGGACCUCGAACAACCAUUCACAGGCAUCAAGCGGUCAUGGACCGGCCUCGCGCAGCCAGGGCAUGGCAACGCCAGCCAAGUCCAAGAACAAGUCUGCGAAGCUCAAUCCGAUGUCGAGGCCGGCGAGGCGGCCUCCCCUUCCUCCUUUGGAGGUGCCUUCAUUGGUUGUACCCCUUCCCGAGGCCGUCGUCAAUGCGAGCACUCGAGAGCCUUUCGAACCAACAAAUGCCACUCUCAAGAUAUCGGUCAAAUUUGCGAGUCGCGACAUUAAGCCUGCACAGCCGUCAGUCAUCUUUUUGUCCUCGGCCAAGAAACCGGAGCUGGGCUUCUUCGACGUGGCCGUCUACGGCUAUUACCAUUACUGCCACUGGGCUAUCACGGCCUGGUAUGAUUACGCUACUGGCACCGACGACCUGCUCUUCGUCACCUUUCAGGAUGCAGGCUCGUUUCAAGGAUACGAACUUCACUUCGCCAAUGGCAAUGACCUGAUGGAGUUCAUGUCGCGGGUGCGGUCACUCAAGGCAGGAGACUAUUUGGAUCAAGUCGAAUCAGCCCUCGCUCCCUCUUCGGCUGUCCAACCUGCUCCUCCGAGCAAUCUGACAGUGGCUGCAGCCCCUGUUGUAGAUGCCUCUACUCGCACUCCAGCCACAUCGACCACAUUGCCUGCAGCACCGGCGUCGCGAGAUGUGCCACCGUCCACUCGCACGACACAAUAUGCUGCUAUCAGCCCGGCACCUGUCCCGGCACAGGUCGCCCCUCCUGUCACCAAUGGCAACACGACGCCUGCCAUUCCCGUUGAAAAUGCUACAUUUGAGCCAACGAUCAAACCCGAGCAGAAUGCAUUGGUUGAACUUGGACAAGAUGAAGCCGGCGCAACCACCAGCCAAGCGAAUUUAGAUGGCGUUGAGUUCCUAUCCCGCCAGGAGCUCAAGCACAUUGCUCGUACCAUCUUUCAGGUCAUGUUCCGUGCAUAUCCUCCGGGUAUGACGGCCGAGGAGUGGGACAACUUGGCCAUGGGGAUCAGGACUGGCGUCGUGGAACACAUGGUUAAGGAUGCUAGAGAGAAAGGUUUUGAUGAGCAACGGGUUCAGGCCAUCAAAGACACUGUCAACGAGGCCCUUGACGCCGAGGUCAAGGUCAACCGGGCCCGCCAGGGGGCUCCUAACGGCCACCUUGAGUCCGAAUCCAGGGUCAAUGGAGUAGCCCAGCCAGAGCCGUCGACGCGCACCACGAAGGGCCGCAUCCAGUACAGUGCUGGAGAGCUGCUGUCGCUGAGGCACGCCGCGGUUAACCCUCCCGACUCCAUGGCAAACAUUCCGCACCUGCCGAGGCCCGGUGGGCACCCGCGCCAGUCCGACACUUCGCCGCGCUCCCCAUAUCCGGCGGGCCCCGCCAUCAGCCGGAUCCAAUUUCAGAAGUCUGCCGGCGCCAUGGACUGGGUUCUCGGCAAAGCUACAUUUCCUCAACCGUUGCCUGAGCAGUCCAGCUCAGUUCAACAGCUUCCUGUGCCGAAAUCUGAGGCUGGUUCGGCAAGGCCCUGUGCUACCCGGGACGUGGGUCUCCAGAAUUCACGCUGGGCCUCCGGCACCUCGGAGAUCAAGCAUGCAAACGCCUUCACCGGCCCGACACACGAGAAGGCGUGGUCCAAGCGGAGCUAUCUGGAGGAUCUUGCUCAGCUUGAUCCCCAAACCAGGGUCACUGCUGCGGCCGAGGACCUAAUGGACCUGUACUUUCCACUGCCCAACGAUGGCCUUUCGGAGCCUCAGACGUCUGUCACCCAAGACACUCAACAGCCUGCAGCUGCUGUUCCUGAGCCUGCAGUUGCUGCUCACGAGGCUGAAGCUGCCACUUCUACAAGGUCUGAUAAGGUUGAGAACCUACGGGUCGGCAUUUCUCGUCUCUCGAUCUGGUCUCCGACGAAUAUGCCGUCGGGCCGAGCGCGGGCUCCUAUUCAAGCCCCGAGCUCGGUCGUCCAGGCUUCAAGGGAUCUGUGGGCGCAGGCCAUCUCGACCGCUUCGACGCAGCCGCCGAGUUUGUCUCCUCCGGCACCGUCUGGGGGCUCCACCCAUGUCAUUCCUCCCCGAGUGUCAUCUCUGCAGUCCAACUCGACAAUGGUUACCCAGUCACCGGCUUCCCCUCUAGGGUCACAGAUGGCUUCGAGGUACGCUGUACCGUUGUCUGUUUCGGCUCAGUCUUCGGCUUCGACCGCAGCUCAGACUCCUCGCACGGCUGACCAUCAGUCGUCCCAAGUGUCGACUUCGGAGGCCGGAACUCAGGCACCGCAACCUCCACCGCCCGCCGCGUCGACUCAGCCUCAUUCAUACAUGGUGUCGAUCGGAGCUCAGUCGUCCUCGGUGUUGACUCCACAGCCGGGAGCUCAGGCAGCGCAGCCUAAACCACGCGGCCUUGCUGCGUCUCGCCAUGCCAACAGUGGUGGCCCGUCCAGCUCAGGGAACUUCAAGUUUGUCAUUCCCAAGUCCCCCCGCAAGUAGAGGGCGAGUGACCGUAUACGCCGGUCACAAUGUGCAUCAUUGAAAUCGCCUUCUCUCUUCUCCUGAUUGCUUUUUAUUGGGCAAUCCUUCAGAUUACGGAAGCUUGUCGGAGCUUGUUUGAGUCAUGUAUUGGGCGGAUUUCGAGGGUACAUCACAGGUUCACGGUACUACAACGGUCUGGCUAGAGGUCGACUUGGAGAUCCAAUCAGUACACUGUACCUCACGAUCUCUUCUCUGGUGCUAUUUUCCCUUUUCUCGGUUCGAUUGUUCGUCUAAGUUUGCGGUAAUUGGGAGUUCUGGCGUUCAUAUCUGGCCGGUUUGAUCUGGGCCGAUGAGGAGCUUGGGCUUGGGGAAAUGGUUCGGGUGUCAUACCGCUCGCUGGUUGGGAGGGCAUGAAUGGGGAGAUUCC